AUGCUCAUUUAUCGGCCAUCGAAUCAGAGCUCUGAAGAACCGGCCCUGCAUCCGCCCUGGCACUACUCAGGCACCGUUGACGCCGAUGAUCCCAGCAAUCUGAAAGCCUGCAAGCAGUGCGUCGAGAGUGCGGUUACUAUUAUUGACAAUCUACACCACGUCCAUCUUGGCGGUUCUAUCUCCAAGGAUCUCCCCUUGAACCCCUUCUUUAUCGAGAGCGCCUGCCUCGUCCUGGUUGCUGGGAGUCGGACCGAGCACUUGGGGCUCAACGCCCCUCAUCUCACCACCGGAAUGCAACCCCUGGCUCAGAUGGUACCCCAAGCGGCAGCCCCACGUCUAGCCUCGAUCCAAGCCGUGGUUCAUAAGGCUGGCCUAGAAUGUUCGGUGCAGCAAGACCCGUGCUGGCUGGGAUCUGGGAUCCGGGAUCCCUUUCUAUGA